ACCCUGGAACUCGGAAGACCCGGAACUGAACUCAUCUUCUGGGUUCAUUCCUUCCUUUCUCUGUAAAGUGUAAAUGCUUUACUGCCAAUCAUGUUCAUAUAGAGCUGGAGUUAGGUUUUGAUCAUCUCUCCCUGCUCUGCUGCUUCGGUUAUGCUUGGUCAGCUUCUUUCCCUUCGCCUGCUCAAAGCCUCCGUCUCAGCUCGCGGUUUCUCCUACAUGAGACGCGAGGCCAAGAGCUUUCCAUCGUCACGAGGAACCUCCAUUCUCAGUCGAGUCUUUCCCUUCAGGUUAAAAUACGCUCUUCAGAAUGACCAUUUUCAUGUUCGGAGGUUUUCGAGACGUUCGUUUAGUCCUCGAAAUGGUGGCAACGACACUUCUUCUGAUCCUCGGGCUUCAGAGUUGUCGCGCAGUAGAGAGUUUCAGGCAGGAAGUUUUGGCGGAAGGGGCGGCCAGCCAAAGAGUCUUAUCGAGGAUGAAGCCGAGCUUAGUGAUUGGAUCAGUGAACUGAAGACUGAUUCAUUUCGCGUUGGGUUUACCAGUGAAAGUGAUGAUGAUUCAGAUACCCGUAGAAAUAGGAAUAGAGAUAGGGAGAGGAGUAGGGGUAGGGUUUCAUUUUCCUCCAAGAAGAACCAGAAAGGCGGGAGAGGUUGGGUUUUGUCUUCAAAGAGGUUGAUAGAUAGUGAUUCAGAUGAUUUCGCAGUUACUGAUAGGAGAAGUUCCCGGAGCAUGACCGGGUCUCGUUCGAAGAAACUACUUCGUAGUGAAACAGAGGAAGAUGAGAGUGAAGAAUUUUCUUCUGAAGCGAAGGAAGUUAGAAGAAACUCUGACUUGAGUUUCGGAAAGGGUCGGAAGGAUAGAAAUUUUCAAAGAGGGGGAAGGAGUUCAAGACGAGCUGUUACAAUGCCAGAGGAUGAAGAUGACGAUUCGAGGAGCAGUAUUGAAGAUUUGCUAAGUGGGGAAGAUAGUGAGGAAGAUAGUGGUAAAGAUGUGUCAAAGAGUGCAAAUUCUCUGCCUGGGUCAGCCAAAGAACUGAAUGUGCAGCCAGUGACUAGGAGUACAACCGCGAAAACUGACUCUUACCUGAGUCAGACUAGAUUUGAUCAAUGUUCCCUCUCCUCCCUUUCAGUAAAAGGAAUAAAGGAUGCAGGAUAUGAGCGAAUGACUGUGGUGCAGGAGGCAACUCUCCCUGUCAUUCUGAAAGGCAAGGAUGUUUUGGCCAAGGCAAAGACAGGCACCGGAAAAACUGUAGCAUUUCUGCUCCCUGCUAUUGAGGUAGUCGUAAAAUCACCUCCUAUUGAUCGUGAUCAGAAGAGACCCCCGAUCCUUGUGCUUGUUAUAUGCCCAACUCGAGAGCUUGCAAGUCAAGCUGCUGCAGAGGCUAACACCCUGUUGAAGUAUCAUCCCUCUAUUGGUGUCCAGGUUGUAAUUGGAGGUACAAGACUUCCUCUAGAACAGAAACGAUUGAAGGCAAGCCCUUGUCAGAUUCUAGUAGCCACUCCUGGAAGGCUUAGAGACCAUAUUGAGAAUACGGCUGGAUUUGCAACUCGGCUCAUGGGAGUAAAAGUGCUUGUCCUUGAUGAAGCUGACCAUCUAUUAGAUAUGGGAUUUCGGAAAGACAUUGAGAGAAUCAUUACUGCUGUUCCAAAACAACGCCAAACACUACUAUUUUCAGCUACUGUUCCAGAAGAGGUCCGCCAAAUCUGUCAUAUUGCCUUGAAAAGAGAUCAUGAGUUUAUUAACACAGUGGAAGAGGGUAGUGAAGAGACCCACUCCCAGGUGAGGCAGAAGCAUCUAAUUGCUCCAUUGGACAAACAUUUCUCCCUACUGUAUGUUCUUCUCAAAGAGCAUAUUUCUGAGGAUGUUGACUAUAAGGUUCUAGUGUUCUGCACAACAGCAAUGGUCACAAGGCUUGUGGCUGAGCUUCUCUCUGAACUGAACUUGAAUGUGAGGGAGAUCCAUUCAAGAAAGCCACAGAGUUAUAGAACCAGAGUCUCUGAUGAAUUUCGCAAGUCGAAGGGUCUUAUUCUUGUGACCUCUGAUGUUUCUGCACGUGGAGUUGAUUAUCCAGAUGUUACUCUCGUUUUACAGAUUGGCUUGCCAUCUGAUAGAGAACAGUAUAUUCAUCGACUGGGUAGAACUGGCCGGAAAGGGAAAGAGGGGCAGGGCAUAUUGUUGCUGGCACCUUGGGAGGAUUUCUUCUUAUCUAGUGUCAAGGAUUUACCAAUAGAAAAGGCUCCAGUACCUUCAGUUGAUCCAGACACUAGGAAGAAAGUUGAAAGGGCAGUAUCUCAUGUAGAGAUGAAGAACAAAGAAGCAGCAUACCAAGCAUGGCUUGGCUACUACAAUUCCAAUAAAACUGUGGGGCGGGACAAGUGCCGCCUUGUAGAUCUUGCUAAUGAGUUCAGCAGGAGUAUGGGGCUGGACAACCCUCCUGCUAUACCAAAACUGGUACUUGGGAAAAUGGGUCUUAAGAAUGUACGUGGUCUUCGCUCCAAAUAGAAAGAAAGAAUCUCUACAUUACUUGAUUCUAGCAUACAUACAUAAACAAGAUGAGGGAGAAAAGCUAGGAUGUGCAGUUUAAUUUCAUCCAGAGGAGGAAAACCCAUUUUCAAGUGUUGGAAGUGCAUUAAACCUAUCAGGGAGCCGUCGCUGCUCUGUGAAGAUGAUUCCUGAGCUUGUGAGUGGAUACAUAGAUUCUUACACUAUGUUUCAAUUCUUGGAAAGCAAUUAGCCUGAUCAGUUGUGCCCCUCAAUGAUCUUAUAUUUUACAUGAAAUUUGGGUGUCAUUGGUACCCAAUGUUCAACCCCAUAAGGAGGCUAGAAAUCUCCCCCUAGGCUGAUCCAACACUGGAUGUGGAAAAUUUCAUUUUGGGUGAAACUUGAAGUGAGAGAAGCUGGUCCAUACAUGUAUACACAAAAUUUAAAACCCACCUGAUCUAUAUGGAGACCCAGAAGAAAGCCUUCCUAGGGUGUGAUCCAUGCAAGAAACCACAGCCCAGAAGGAAUAUUAGAACUUUUUCGAUCCA